CUGGACACCGAGAGCAAAAUGUCAAACCUUACCUCCACAACUGAAUUUCUGGUCCUGGAAUUUUCAGACAUCCGAGAACUACAGAUCUUACACUUCUUUGUGUUCCUCACAGUAUACUUGACUGCAGUGACUGGCAACCUUCUCAUCAUCAUUGCUGUAGCCCUCGACCAUCGUCUUCACACCCCUAUGUACUUAUUCCUACUGAAUUUAGCCAUUCUGGACCUUGGCUCAAUUUCUGUCUUUAUACCCAAAGCUAUGGCCAAUUCCUUCCUGAACAGCAGGUCAAUUUCUUAUUCCGGAUGUGUAGCUCAAGUGUUCUUUUACUUUUUAUUUGAAGCGUCAGGUUUUGCUAUCCUAACAGUAAUGGCACAUGAUCGGUAUAUUGCUAUCUGCAAUCCAUUGCAAUAUGAGACAAUUAUACAUAAAGGAGCCUGCAUUGAGAUGGCUGUAAGUUCAUGGGUUACCGGGAUACUUUAUGCCAUAUUACACACCAGUGGCACUUUUUCCAUCACCUUCUGUUCCAACAUGAUUAAUCAAUUCUUCUGUGAAGUUCCACAGUUACUGAAACUCUCCUGUUCAGACUUAUAUCUAAUUGAAGUAGGAUUUGCUAUAUUUGGCUGUAUCAUAUCUGGAGGAUGUUUUAUCUACAUCAUUAUAACUUACAUACAGAUUUUUGCAACAGUGCUCAGAAUGCCUUCCGUGCACGGUAGGAAAAAAGCUCUCUCCACUUGCAUUCCUCACCUUACUGUAGUGUCUCUCCUUAUAUGUAGUGGAAUCUUUGCCUAUGCAAAGCCUCCCGGGAGCAGUUCUUCUGAGCUGAAUGUAAUUUGUGCUCUGAUUUAUUCUAUAUUACCUCCACUGAUGAAUCCAUUUAUCUAUAGCAUGAGGAACAAAGAAAUCCAGACGGCAUUGUUAAAGCUCAUUGAUUUGUUCAUUUUUCCAAAACUGGCUCCAGCAAAAUUCUUUUACUGA